UCAAGUGAUAAACAGAACAAAGAAUAAAUAAGAAGCAAUUAUGCCUUUAGCAGUAUGAAACACACCAACAACAUAUUCCUUUAUUCUCCUUCUGGAUUUCGUUGUGCCAUUUCUUGUAGUUAGUUUAACGAAAAAGCCAUAAAACAAAGAAACUGAUUUAAGUUCAUGUGAUAAGUGCUGGAAGCACUCUGUGCAGUUCCUUUCUUUCAUUUCUCUUCUGUUUCCGUUGUUAUCGAAUUUUUUUGUUCUUGAGUUCAUAUCGAAGAAGAAGAAGAAUCGUUUCGUUAGAUAUCCAAUUAAAUAAGAAUUGGAAGUUUUGGUAGCUCAAAAAAGAAAUUUGUGGAAGACGGAAAAUCACUGUCACAGGUGCAAGGAAUAUGUCACUCACUGUAUGUCAAAAUACAGAUGACAACAACAACAACAACAGCAACCAAGGCCAAAUGAAUGAACCGGCAGAAGGCGGUGAUGUGACAAUUUAUAGAUUGUGUGCACCAAUUGCAUCAUUAGAUUGUAUGGAAGAAUUCAGUGGAAAUACUGGCCUUGAUUUAAGACGUUCCGUCAGUUUGGGAUCAAAAGCAUCACUUAAAAAUGUUUCCUCAACACCAGGUGAAUGCAAAGUGAAAAGUUCUAUUGUUAAUUAUACUCAAUUUGUUACUGUUUUGAAAGGUUUGCGUUAUAAAAAUAUCGGCAAGAGCGGUCUCCGUGUUUCAAACGUUGCUUUGGGAACGUGGUCGGUGUUCUCAACAGGCAUUAGCGAAGAUCAAGCUGAAGCAAUCAUCAAACUUGCCUAUGAAAGCGGCAUAAAUCUUUUCGAUUUAUCGGAUCUUCACUCGGGACCCCGUGCUGAGGUUGAAAUGGGAAAUAUCUUAAAGAAAAUGAACUGGAAGCGAAUGACUUAUGUUGUGACAGUGAAAAUUUAUUGGAGCAGCAAAGGUGAAGAACGUGGCUUAUCCCGGAAACAUAUAAUCGAAAGUGUUCGAGCGAGUCUUAAACGCUUACAACUUGACUAUAUUGAUAUCGUUAUUAUCCACAGAGCAGAUUCAAUGUGUCCAAUGGAAGAGAUUGUCCGAGCAAUGAAUUACGUCAUCGACAAGGGUUGGGUGAUGUAUUGGGGCAGCUCAAAGUGGUCAACGACUGAAAUAAUGGAGGCAUACACAAAUUGUCGUGAGUUUAAUUGCGUCACGCCAAUCAUGGAACAAUCGGAAUAUCAUAUGUUUUGUCGUGAACGUGCUGAAUUAUAUUUACCCGAAAUGUACAAUAAGAUUGGCGUUGGUUUAAUGGCAUGGGGACCACUUGGCAUGUACCUUACUGAAAAUAGUGAACGUUUAUUCUUCACAAAGGGAUCGUUAAGGUCAAAAACUCAAAACUCUUCAUGGACCGAAGAUGAAGUAGCCAAAGAAGAUCGAGUUGAUGAAGCUAAAAAGCAUUUAGAGAAAGUUCGUGAUUUAAAUUUAUUGUCCGAAAAGCUAGGAUGCUCGUUAACGCAACUUUCAAUAGCAUGGACAUUGAAGCACGAGCCUGUUCAUUGUCUUUUAAUUAGUGCAAAGACAGUUGAACAACUUACGCAAAGCCUUCAAGCUUUACAGGUAAUAAAAUUGUUUAAUCGAUUCAAAUCUUUAUCGAUUUCAUUUGAAACUUUUUCUUUUCAGCUUCUGCCACGAUUAUCCGUAUCAGUAAUGCUAGAAAUUGAACGCAUCUUAGAUAACAAACCUGUAAGACCGCCAAUGAUAAGCACUCUUCAAAUGCGCGGUUUGAUAUCGCAUGAACACUUUGGUACUGAAGUGGAAGUCAGCACACCUGGAUCGAUACGUGAUGAAGAAGAACAAGCAACAGAAGAACAAAAAGAAAAUGGAAAGCUUGGAUUUUGCGAGAUUCAGUGACAGCAGGAGCCGCCACUUCGUAAAACUUCUCGAAAAUUUAGUAAAAAGUUUUUUAAUCGCUUAAGUGAUUCGUUAAUGAAUAAACGAGACUCAACAAUAACCAAAAUUGAUGAAGAAAAGGAAGAAGUGAAAAUAAUUCCGAUGUCAUCGCCAAUAAGAGUUAGAAAACCUCUAACUUAUCAUCCACCAUCGAAUGUUCCGACACAAUCAUCAGCCACUAAUAUCAAAAUAAUAUCGCAGCCUGUGUUGCUAAUACCAAAAACAUCUCACGAUCAACAACCUCAUAAAAGCUCUUUGUUGAAUUUGAAGUCUUUGAGUACAAGUUUGAGGAUUCUUAAGAAUCGUACAUUCAGCGAUUCAUUAGAAACUGUUGAAGAAACCACUUUGGAAAGCAUCGACGAAGCAUCGCAAAGUCUCAUAAAACGAGAUAUUUUUGAAAGGAAUUUAGGGAAAUUUGCUACAAAUUCAAAUGAAGCUGAAUUUCAAUCGUAUACUGAGUACACACAACAGCAGAAUUUACUCAGCCCAAAGACUCGCACAAAGCUUCAUUUUAAGAAUCAAAAGAUUUUUUCACGUCGUUCAUCGACUUCAGACAUUGGCGAUGUUAAUCAACAAAAACAUUUCAAUUAUUCCGAUAUGAGUACGUCAUCAACAAACGUUAAACAAGCUGAUAAAAUGCUUAAUGAUAUUCGCAUAAAGAAUCUUGAAUGUGCACGAUCACCACGACGCAUCAGCACAACUUAAUAAAUUUAUCGAAUCUUUAUGAUGAAAAGUUUUUAAUUUCUCUACAUACAAAUAUCGUACUUAAUGAUAAGUUUUUUAAGAUUAAUAUUUGUAGAUGCGAUGCUUUUCCUGCAAAUUAAAAAGCUUUUAUCCAGUUCCUUUUAACUAGAUAGUUAAUCUUAUC